CUGAUAUAGAGCCACGCCCACUCACAGGUGGCCAAUGAAUGAGAAGAUGAGGACAUGAUUGACAUGGUUCAGGUAACCGGCCAAUCAGUGUGUGGAUGUGCGUCACGCGGUGAGAUCGAACGUUCAGCAUCGAGAGCCAUUGGGUGGAAUUCACAAGCGGAAGUCGCUUUUUUUUUUCUUUUUCCAGCAUCCUGUAUGAAGGGGAGAGGGCGUGGCGAUGGCUUGGCUUGGCAGAUUUGGUCCAGCGGUCCGGGGUGGUCAUGUGAUCGCCACUCAGUCACGUGAUUUGCAAGAUGGCAGCUUCCCUGCAGCCUGAAGAUCUCCCAGAGCCGGAAGAAGCCAAUGACUCGGAUUUGAGGAGUGUGCUGGUCACUAGUGUCCUAAAUCUAGAGCCAUUGGACAAAGACCUGUUCAGGUACCUGGAGAUUGUUUGUUUAUCCUGUUAUAUAUAUAUUUAUAUAAAAAAUAAUAAUAAAACAGAAAGAUGGGGAAUGCUUUGCCUAUGAGUUCAACAUUUGAACACAUUCCAAGCACCAUAAUCAGUGCAGCUUGCUGUAGUGGUUAUGGUAUUAGGGGUGCUCUGGCACCCUCCCAUUUGAACUUCUUAUCUAGGGUCCACUUGAGUCCACAGAGCUGUUAUAGUGGUCACGGAGCUGGGCGUGUUCCCUUAAAGCAGGGGUUCUCAACUCAGUCCUCAAGGACCCCCUACCAGUCCAGGAUUUAGGGAUUACCUGGAUGUGUCUAAGGUGUUUAGAAAAAGAAGAAAACACACCGUAGACACACCCAGGUAAUCCCUAAAUCCUGGACUGGUAGGGCGUCCUUGAGAACUGGGUUAAGAACACCUGCUUUAAAGGAACAAUAUAGUCACCGGAAGACAUACAGCUUAAUGUAGUUGUUCUUGUGAAUACAGUAAGUCCCUGUAGGCUUUUUUUUUUUUAUUUUUAGACAAAAUGCAGUGGUGACAUUGCUCCCUAGGAACCCAUCCAGUGGCAGUCACUCAGAUGGCCACUAGAGGUGCUUCCUGGGUCAGUGCUGCACAGUAACGUUCAGCGUCUCCACGCUCUGAAUGGAGGCACCGAACUUUCGCCAUAGAGAUGCAUUGAUUCAAUGUAUCUUUAUGAGGCCAUGUUGAUUGGCCAAGGCAACAUUUGGCUCCAGCCUCAUCCUGCCUCCUUGGUUGAGAUCAUCAGUAUUGAGGAUGUGGGAAAACAUUGCAUUGGUUGAAAUGAUCCGCUUCUUUGGCUGGCAUCAUCAGAACUGAUCAGUGCUAGAACCAGCGCCUGCAGAUGCUGUAGUGUCCCACCAGGGUUGACAUUUAAGAAUCAUCUGCCACCUCUCCUGCUACUGGAAAUUUUUAAAUCGCUAUAGUAGAUAUACCACAAUGAAACAUGCAUGCAUUUACUUAUGCUUCAUUUCUUAACAUAGCUUACAAAAGUUGCAGAUUUCUUUUCUUAAACCGUUGCAAUUUCUUGCCUUCUAACCUGGCCCAAACUUUCUGUGGCUGUCCAAUUACAAACUUCCCAAAUGCAGCUCAAUGAGAAUUGCUUUGAGCAAUUGCUGCCUCGUUAAUUUGGCUCCACUGAGCUAAACAGUUAGGAAGUAACCGGUCCAGUUGUCUGACAGCCAGUGGGCGUAACAAGGUUAAUUCAAAAAAAGUGUCAAUUUCUAUUGAAAUCCAUACCUUUUUUGUAAAAUAAAACAAAGAGGACAAACUCUUCACACAUAAAACACUUAAAGGACCACUCUAGGCACCCAGACCACUUCAGCUUAAUGAAGUGGUCUGGGUGCCUGGUCCAGCUAGGGUUAACCCAUUUUUUCAUAAACAUAGCAGUUUCAGAGAAACUGCUAUGUUUAUGAAUGAGUUAAGCCUUCCCCCUAAUCCUCUAGUGGCUGUCUCAUUGACAGCCACUAGAGGCGCUUGCGUGCUUCUCACUGUGAUUUUCACAGUGAGAGCACGCCAGCGUCCAUUGGAAAGCAUUAUGAAUGCUUUCCUAUGUGACCGGCUGAAUGCGUGCGCAACUCUUGCCGCGCGUGCGCAUUCAGCCGCAUGGGAGGAGAAGAGGAGGAUCGGAGGAGGAGAGCUCCUCGAGUAUGUUUUCCUGGCACUAUAGUGGUCCUUUAAAGCAAGCUGAAGUGCUUUAGCGGUCUGGAGUGUCCCUUUAACCCCAACACUGCUAUUAACCUAGUGGCAGCACUAGCAAAUAGUUCGAAUUUCAGUAAAUUCACUUUCCAACUACUAGGUUAAUUUAUGAACCAGAUUUGCCUGUUUCUGAGUAGAAUUUGGUAGAAAUUCGGCAUUAGGUAGGUGUGUGUGUGUGUUAAAAAAAACAGAUAAAAUUUGUAUCUUGUAAUAUCUUUUUUUUAAUUGGACUAACAGAAUUUUUUAAUGACAAGCUUUCGGGAGAACCUUCCUUUCUCAAGUCUGAAGCAUUUCUGAGCAAGAUAACACAUAGAAUUCAAAGUUGAAUUGUGAUUAAAUAUGAGAAUGUGAAAUCUAGUUGUAAUCUGGUAAUUUUCACCAAAUUUUGUUCAUUCGGAAAAAUUCUUUUUUUAAUAAAUAAAUCUCAUACGGAGCACACUUUGGUAAUUGUCAUCUACUAAGUUACUCACUUUGGAUAAUUCUUUGAUUGCUUCACAGAAGGUGGUAGCAACAGAGAAUAAUUCUACAUGUGUUUGCAGAGCCCAUGCUAUUGUAAUAGUGCAUAAAUAUUAGUGAUUCAACCCAUUUAACAUCAUUUUUACACAGGGGAUCUCAUCACUGGAUACCAGCCACACAGAGAUUAUUUGGUGGUCAGAUAGUGGGUCAAGCUUUAGUGGCAGCAGCUAGAUCUGUGAAUGAAGAUGAGCAUGUCCACUCCUUACAUUGCUACUUUGUUCGAGCAGGUAACAUUCUAUUCUUUCUACACAAUAUAUAUUUUGUAUACACACAUAGUGUAUUAUAUAAAAUGAAAUAAGAAAGAGAACAUUUGCAAGGCUUCUAAGGUGAAUCCAAUCUUCAUGGUGACCGUAGUCAAAGUUACAAACCAAUUAGCUAGCACUAGUUCAUUGUAGACUGCAAGUUGACAUAAGGUAGUAAGUUGAACAAGAAUUGAGAACAUUGAUAAUAUGGGUGAGAAGAGUAAUACGAACAGUAAUACCUAUGAAUUCAGGAUCAUUGAAAAGGUUUAGUGCUACUGAUUUUGUUUUGUUUUUUGCCCUCUUAAAUUGCGAUUCCAGUAGAAACAUUAUGUACGUGAAUCAGUGUUAAUUUCACCAACUAACCAUUUUCAUCAGAUGGAAAUUUUCAAGAUUUAGUCAACUAAAACUAAAAAAAUUCAGAUGACUGAAAUACGGCUAAAACUAAAAUUGCUUUUUAGUCAAAAGACUAUGACUAAAACAAAAUGGAAAUUUACCGCCAAAAUUAACCCUAGUGGGUUAGACACAUGGGGGAGGGAGGAGAGGAAAUGAGAUACAUAGUGGGCUGGGGGAAUGAGAUGCAUAGAUGGGCUGGGACACACAAAGCGACAAAGAGGGGCUGUGGAGAGAAAGAGACGGACAGAGGGACUGAAAGGUGGGGGCAAAAAACCCACUGAGAGGCAGGGAAUAGGUAAAAGAGAUCGAUAGGGAAAGGGGCAAAAGAGACAGACAGGGGCUUGUGUGGGAGACACCCAGAGGGACUGGGGGGGAUACAAAGAGAUACAGAGGGGCUGACAAAUGACAAAAGAGACAGACUUUAACUAAACCCAUUUCAUUUAGUCGUGUCAACUAAAAUGUACUGGAGAUUUAGUUGACUAACAGCAAUUCAGAUUACUAAAAUACGACUAAAACUAAAAUGACCUUUUAGUCAAAAGACUAAGACUAAAUUGAAAUUUGCCGCCAAAAUUAACCCUGAGGUGAAUCCAAGCCUACAUGGAAAAUGAGAAAUUAAGUUAUGCUAGGACUAAUGGCAAACCUCUCGCCUGUAUGUUUUCCAUGGUAUCAUCUGUCCACAAGGGACAAAGCCCUUGUAGCGAACUAAUCUAAAGUUUACAAACUGUAAUGAAGGCUGGUAGCUACGACACGUCUCCGUGGAACAUUUAGUCUCCUUCAUUAUGUCACUAGCUGCAUUCCCUUCGUCUAUGACUGGGUGUCUGCGUGCUGUUAUAGCUGAGAAAAAUGACAGAUUCUUCUAAAUGAGUUCAGAGGAGUUUAUUCUUGUAAUAAAGUUAAAAUGACAAUGCUGGGUCAGUAGCGGAUGGCGUGAUGAAUUCAUUAUUGCAUUAUGGUUGUAUCUUACUACUUAGGUGUUAAUGUCAGAACGUCAUCAUGGAUGUUUAGCAUUUCUCAUCUAAAUACACACACAAUGCUCUUUUGAUAGAACUGGUUAAAUUCUACAUCCUGCAUGUAGCUGUACAGCAUGGAAGGGAUACGAUUUAUGCUCACCAGUUUCUCCAGAUAGCAACCUUGAAUACAAGAAAUUAGAUAUAGCAGACAUCUGCAUUUUUUCAGAAUUAACAAUUUCAUUGCAACACAGCAAAUACACAUUAACCCAUUCUUUGCAAUUUUCAUGUUUCAUCAUACGUUUUCUAAAACUAUUCUGUAAAAUAAACUCAAUUUUGCCUUUUCUUCUUUAUUAGCAUCUGUUCGGGUCAGCGUUUCCUCCAUUAACUCUACCCCGGAACAAUUAACAAGUGGCUGUAGAAUUAUGUAGAAUUAAACCCUAUAAAGGAUCCUGGAUAAGCAGUCAAACUGAACUGGCUGGGUUAAUAACAUCGGGAUAAGAAUCUAGAACCCCAGUACCAUAGUAUACUGAUUAAUGAUAAAUGCAUCAAACUCUGCACUAAAUCUUAUAUACUAGCUUUUGGUUGAUCCUUUAAGAGCAGUGUGUCUUUGCUCACUUCCUCUUUACCAUUUUCUUUUUUUUUUUGACAAUCUUUAUUUAUGUAUUCAGUUUUACAAUUUUGAAAGGAUGGGUGUACAGAAGGGAAAAGGGUGGGAAGUCAAACAGUUAUUUGUAUUGCACCAAUGCAGUGAUAGAUAUCCAUAAUAGCAUAACAAUACCCAUUUCCGUGUUUAUAGAUCACACAGUAGUUGAGAGCUGUGGGUAUACCCAUUAUCGAGUGCAAUUCGACCUGUUCUGUAUCUGUGAGUGUCCUAUGUCUUUGAUAUUCUCAUACCCCCAACCAUUUGGGACUUCUUGCAGCUCAGGGCGUGAUAUUCGUGGGAGGGGUGUGGGGCCCAGCCAAGUGCAAGUUUGUAGAGGCUGUAUGUGUGGGUGGGUCUGCUUGUGGCGGGGCUUCCCGGCGGGUUUGUUUAGGGCUUUUCAAAUGUUGUGGCUAGGGUGUCCUGUCCCGUCCCACCUGUGUCCAGGUGUACGAGCCCUGUAAGGAAUGUUCUUUUCUGUGGUUGGGGGAGCAUGAGUAAGAGAUAUGUCCCGCGGGUGUGCGAGCCUAGCAGGUGGUAUUGCAUGUGUGUUGUUGGGUUGCUUCUGGGGCUAAAAGCUGUGGGGUCUAUUGUGCGGUGGAUCUAGCUUAUGGGCCAUUAGAUUUUUGGGCGUUUAGGGUAUCUUGUGUGUUUCUGUCCCUUAAUAUCGCUUUUGUGAGUUCUAUCUGCUGUCCCUCUGUGGAUCCGUGUUUGGUAUGGAACAUCUGUAUAUGUUCUCUUGGAUUAAAUGUCUCAGUCAAGUACGUGGUGUGGGGUGGUCUGGUCAAGCAGAAGUCAAGAGGCUGAGGGGGUUAUAUGGGGUGGGGUGGCGGGUGCAGUCUAGCUGGGGAAAAGAGGAAGCAAGAUUAGGAGUAAGGCGGGAGAGGGCAUCGGUAACUUAUCGGAGCGAAGUUUUUCAUGAGGCUGAGCCUGCUGCCGCGGUGUAUAGGUUAGGUGGCAUUUCUCCGAAUGGCCCCGGAGGGCUGCUGUCAUGGACUCCAUGGAAUGUAUUUCUCCCACUCUAUCCACCCAUUGUUGGAAGGUGGGGGAAGUCGGUUUUUUCCACAGGGUGGGUAUCAGUGAUUUAGCUGCAGUCAGUAGGUGUCUAGUGAGGGAUUUUUUGUAUGUUUGCAGCGAAAUGCUGGUGUGAUGUAGUAGCAUGGGUAGGGGUUGAAGUGGGAACUCAGGGUCUGAUAUCUCUCGUAUUUUGGUGUUUACCAUCUCCCAGAAUGGGACGAUGGCUGGGCAGGUCCACCAUAUGUGGAUCAUGGUGCCUCUCUCUGCUCCGCAUCUCCAGCAAUUUUCGUCAUUGUCCGGGUUCAUGCGAUGCAUUAUGUCAGGGGUUCGGUACCAGGUGGUUAGUAGUUUAUAGCUCAUCUCCUGGAAUUUUGAGCUAAUAGAGCUUUUGUGUGUGAGUAGGAAUAUUUUAUCCCAUUCACGGGCCUCAAGUACCUCCCCCGUCUCCCUCUCCCAUCUGGCGAUGUAUUUCGGUGGUGGUCUAUUCUCACCCUCCAAUAGCAGUGCAUAUAGCGUCGAGAUCCCUCUCUCGAUGUGUCGUCUACUGAUGCAUAUUUUUUCAAAAUAUGUGGGGUCUCGGUGGAAUUGCUGUUUGGCUGUCGCGGAGUUGUAGAAGGAUUUGACCUGGUGAUAUCUGAACCGGUCGAGCAUCGUUGGUGCAGUAUCAGGGAUUAGUUCGGGUAUGGUUUUCAGUGCGCUGUUGUUGCACCAUUGGCGUAUAUAGGACCAAUCGGACCGGCCAAAGUUUCUUAGGUCAGCGGGUGACAGUCCUCCUCCAAUGUCUGGGUUAUGGGUGAGGGGUGUAAGCGGGUUGCUAUGUGUCGUCAGCUGGUAGGGGAAUCGGAGAGCGCACCAUACUUUUAGGGUUGCGGCUAUCAGAGGGUUGCCGGUGUUGAGGGCGUUCGGUGUAAUUCCCGUCCUCCAUAGUUCCGAGGGUAUUUUCCCCUCGGCCUGAGCUAGUUCUGCCCGCACCCAUAGUUUCUCCGUUGGAUGCGAGUGCCAGUCAGUGACCCUCAGCAAAUGGGUUGCUCGGUAGUAGCCAAUGAUCGAGGGGAGUCCCGCUCCCCCCUGCAAUUUGGGUAGCUCCAGUUGGAGCUUGCUGAUUCUCGGAGCUCCUCUUUUCCAUACGAAGUGUCGAAUCGCGGUGGAAAUAUUGUGGAAAAAGGCCCGAGGGACGGUGAUCGGGAUUGUCUGGAAGAGAUACAGAAUGCGCGGGAGGAUGUUCAUUUUUAUUGCGUUAAUACGACCGAACCACGAAAUGUAGAGGUCAGUCCAUUUGGCCAUGUCAGCCUGUAGGGAGGUGAGGAUUGGGGCAAAAUUAGCCUGGUAAAGAUGUGAGAGGUCUUUAGUCAACCAAAUGCCGAGAUAUUUCAAUUUGGUACCGCACCAUCUGAACCCGUAGUGGGAGCGUAGUUGCGCCCCGAGUGCGGCUGGGGCCGCGAUGUUCAUGGCCUCCGACUUGUCGGUGUUGAGUUUCAGGUUCGAGAUCCUCCCAAAUCGUUGGAAUAGGCCUAGUGUGUUUGGGAUGGAGAUCAGGGGUUGUCCCAGGAAGAACAGCAGGUCAUCGGCGUAUGCCGCUACCCGAUGUUCUACGUUCCCUAUUGUGUGUCCUGUGAUUCCCCCGUCCAUCCUGACCGCCUCCAGGAACGGUUCCAGGGAGAGGGCGAACAGCAGGGGGGACAGGGGACACCCCUGUCGUGUGCCAUUUCGUAUAGGGAAUGGCUCUGAGAGGGCACCGUUGACUCGUAUUCGAGCCGUGGGUGUCGUGUAGAGUGCCGCUAUCCAUGUUCGGAUAUUAGGUCCGAGUCCCAUGUGUUGUAGGGUGGCUGCGAGGUAGGCCCAGUCCACUCGGUCGAAGGCCUUUUCAGCGUCCGUGGAGAGGAGAGUAAGAUGCCGACCCUGCCUUCGAGCCGAGUGGAUAAUGUUGAGGGCCCGUAUGGUGUUGUCCCGUGAUUCUCUGCCUGGGAUGAAGCCCACCUGGUCCGGGUGGACCAGUGAGGGAAGCACCCCGGCAAGACGGAGGGCCAUGGCCUUCGCAAACAACUUUAGGUCUGCAUUCAGGAGGGAAAUGGGGCGGUAACUCGCACAGCAGGCUGGAUCUUUUCCCUCUUUAGGUAGGACCGUAACCACGGCCCUGAGGGUGUCCAUCGGGAACUGUUCGCCCUCUAGCAGAGAGUUCAGGCCUGUCAACAGGUGCGGCAGCAGAACGUCUCUAAAUGUGCGAAGGUAGCUCCCAGGGAGACCAUCUGGACCCGGCGCCCUGUUUGAUUUGGUUAGUUUAAGCGCCGCAGUUAGUUCCUCCAGGGACAGGGGCUGUUCCAUGUUCGCGGCUUGGUCGGGGGUGAGUUUCCGGGUGACGUGUUUGGUGAGGAAGUCUGUUAGCUCGCGUUUGUGUUGUGCGGGGAGAAGUGCGCUGGGCGUGUCGGCCAGGUUAUAUAGGCUUGUGUAGUAUUCCCUGAAUGCUUGUAGGAUCUCUGCUGGCAGUCUCGUUUCCUGUUGGCCAUGGGCUUUUAUUUUGUGAAUGUGGGUUUGCCUCCGUCUCUGCUGCAAAGUCCGAGCCAGCAGUCUACCGCAUUUAUUCGAGUGUUCAUAAAAAAAGCGGUGUGAGCUGUGUACCACUUUAAGCAGCUUCUGCGAGAGUAUGUCCCUAAGCUGUCUUCUCGCGUUGGUCAGUUGGAGGUAGAUGUCUUCUGUCAAAUCCCUUUUAUGGGUGGAUUCGAGUUCAGUUAUCCGUUUAGUCAAUUCAAGGAUGCGUCUGGUGUUCUCCCGUUUGCGUUGUGUGCAAAGAUUUAUGUAGUGCCCCCUGAUUACGCAUUUGUGCGCCUCCCAGGUUGUCAGGGGGGACACGUCCGGGGUGGUGUUUGUUUCAAAAUAUUGGGUAAGGACCUGUGUGGUCAGCCUAGAGCAUUCUGUAUCCGAUAGUAUAGUUUCGUUUAAUCGCCAGUGGCGCUCCCGUGGCUUGAAGAGGGGCGAUUGAAUCUGGAUGGACACAGGGGCGUGAUCAGAGUCUCCUUGGAUCCCAAUGUCUGCGGUGAUAAGCAGGGGGAGGAACUCUUGCGCGAUAAAGACGUAAUCUAUCCUGCUGUAUUGAUUGUGGGGGGCAGAGUAGCAGGUAUAAUCCCUGCUGUCCGGGUGUGCCGCCCGCCAGCAGUCGGAUAGGCCUAGUCUGUUGAGUGUUUGUUUGGUCCUGCGUAUGCAGUGGUCUGGGAUGGUGCUGUCACCCCUUGACGUGUCUACUCGGGGGUCCAGAGGGGUGUUCAAGUCACCCGCUAAUAUCAGUAAGCCUUCCUUGAAUUUGUCUAAGCGGGACAGUGCCUUAGCCAGGAAUGUGUGUUGACCCCGGUUGGGGCAGUACACAUUAGCUAGGGUAUACGGGCGAUCUGCUAUGGUUCCUUUUAUGAAGAGAUACCGUCCCAGCGGGUCAACCUGUGUGGCGGUGCAUUGGAAGGGCACCGUCCCUGCGAAGAGGAUUGCCACACCUGAUUUUUUGGAGUCCUGGUGGUUCGCGAAAAAGCCCUGGGGGAAUCUUUUAUCAUGUAAUGUGGGGGCUGACCCAUCUUUAAAGUGGGUCUCCUGCAGAAAUGCCACGGAGACCUUCUGGGACCACAGUGUCCGUAGAAGAUGUGAGCGCUUCUCGGGGAUGUUCAAGCCCCUUAUGUUGUUGGACCAGAACCGAAGCGGGGCUGAUUGAAAUUUUUGAGACAUCGCGGCAGAGGCUGGCCAGGCUGGGAUGGGGAAGUGGGAGGUGGGGUGGAGGGGUGAGGGGAAAAGAGAGAGGGGGGGGGAGAGAAGUUAGAUAUAAUAAGUGGAGGGGGGGAGGAGAGAUGUCGGGGAGAGCAAGUCUGUCGGUGACCGUCGGUGUGUGUGUGGGGGAUAGUGUGGUCAGGGGUAAAAGACAACAGUGACCCAAGAUCGGUCGUGUUCCCCAGGGGACGUCCGAUCCGUCUAUGGUCGGUAAGACCUCUGGGCCCGAUCGAAUUUACAAGCCGAGUCGGUUGUGUGGGGUUGUAGUAACCAGGUGGAGUGAAAUUCUCAUGGGGAAAUUGAGGCUACUGCUUGUGCCCGGCUCAAGUGAGUUGCUCGGGUAACCUGAGCCUGGGGAGCCAAUCGCUCGAGAACGUAUCGCCGCCGUGAGCUGCAGACCCUUUGUGUAUAUAUCAGAGAAUUAUGUAACGAAGAAGAAGAAGAAGAAGAAGAUGAUUUAGGAGGGGUUAACUUGAACAUUAUAGCAUAAACUUGGCCUAACGUAGUAUACUAUUAAACGGCCGGAGCCAGGCCUGUCCCGCCUCAUGGUCCCCUAACAGUCCUCGCCCACCUCUUUAGUCCCCCCCGCGGGUGUCAGCUCCCCCCUGGAACGUCUGUGGUGCCUACCUCGGAUCUCUCCUCCCCAUUGUGUCUGUGUCUCAGGUCCCACUAGCCCAGUUAGAAGCCUCCGUUUAUCGGGCCCACUUAUUCCCCCAACCCGAGGCCUGGUGUGGUGCCCCCCCUAUAUGCUUGGGCUAGGUAUCAUAGGCUUGUAGUGUCUGUCUUGUUGGCUACAGGGGGUGUAGUGUCGCCCCCUCCCCGCACCACCCCGCACAGGCACCCGGCCCCGCUCCCCGCCUGCUCCCUCUGUGUCCCCCAAGCCCGCUAGUUCCACGAACUUCCCUCCUGCACCCGAGCAAAACUAGUAAGGGGAACCUUUAACAGCCACAUGUGGAGGGAUAGGAGUGCCCAGGUUGUGUGCCCAAGGCCCACCCGCGCCCCUAUGAUGGAGUGACCAUGAUCGUAGAGUAAGUUAGCCCUCCACACGUGUGGGUUUCGUGUCUGCUAUCCCUCCUCCCAAGUAGGCUUUUCCCACCCGCAAGUAGGGUGAGUUUCGUGUCUGCUAUCCCUCCUCCCAAGUAGGCUUUUCCCACCCGCUGUAGCUUUCUGGACUUUUCACGACUUAAAGGGACAUUAUAGGCACCCAGACCACUUCCGCUCAUUAAAUUGGUCUGGGUGCAAUGGUUCCUUCAGUUUAACCCUGCAGUUUUAUUAAUUGUUGUUACUGAUAAACUGCAAUAUUUACCUUGCAGGGUUAACUCCACCUCUAGUGGCUGUCUAUCAGGCGACAAAGGGGUUUUUAACCCUUUCAGCACCAACGUUGUAUUACCAGCACUACAGUUUCCUUUUAAAGGAUCUGCUGCUAAUGUCUUAGUGCCAGAUAUUUCAGCACAUGUUUAUAGGUCUUGUGGAGUCUAUGCCUUGACACAUCAGAGCAGUAUUGGCAUCACAAGUGAGACCUACACAAUAUUAGGCAGGUGUUUUUUGUUUUUUUUGUGAAUAUGUUCUUUUGUUUUUCCAUUUUAAUUAACAGUGAGACUUGCAAGUCUCCAUUUGCGUUUAACCUGUAGCAUUUUAAAGAUUUGCAUAUUUAUUUGGGCUCGCAGGUCCCUUGCAUCUUUCCGUUUUAAGGAUAUGUGUGUGUGAAUACAUCUAUUGUGAAAGCAUGGAUGAAAUAAGGUCGUGUAACAGCCCGGAUCCUGUGACCCGCAGGUCCGCAUCUUUCGUCUUUGCCCCCUUUGAUGGUCCCUGUAUGGUUUGUGUGUACACAUUGUCUAUGUGUCUGGUCUUCUCGUGUCUGUUUUAGUAUUAAGUGGUCACCUUAGUACUGGUAUGAUGGUGUUGCGGGGGGUGUUACAGCACCUGUGAACGGUCUUCUCCCUAUCUCUCUGGUUUUGUGGCGUCUUUUGUCUAGAUUCGUGGUGGGGUCGAUAUCAUGUUAGUGAAGUCUGGUUCGUUUGUCUUCAGUAUCCAAUGUGUCCAAGUGUUGAGAUACGCUUGGAAUGUUUCAUUUGCGGUGUGGUGGAGUUCCUCUAGGGAUCUCAGUUCCUCCAUUUGUGUGAACCAGGCUUUCAGGGUAGGGGUAACCUGUUGCUUCCAAUACUGUGGUAUUAUCGUUUAAGCCGUGUUCAGUGUGCGGAUUGUGAGCGAUUUCUUAUACGCUGUUCUAGGGAUCUUGGUGUGGUAUAAAAGCAUUGCUGCUGGGCUGAGUGGAAGGGUCGUCUGUAAACUUCCCUAAUAUCUUGUGUGUAUCUUUCCAGUACCGGGCUAUCUUUUUGCACUCCCACCAGAUGUGUAGGAGCAUACCUCCUUCCUCCCCGCACCUCCAACACUGGGGGGAGUGUGAUGGGAUGCGUGCAUGUAGCGUCGCGGGAGUAUAGUACUAGUGCGUCAAUAAUUUAUAUGCCGUUUCUUGUGUCUUGCUAAAUCUGGAACAGUGGUGUGUGAGCAUAUUUUCUCCCAUUCUGCAUUGUCAAAAGUAUUGCCUAGUGCCGCCUCCCACUUCCCCAUGAAUCGUGGUUGUUCUUUUGGUGUGAGUGUUAGUAAUAGGGUGUAUAGAACGGACACUCCAUGUGCUAGUGGGUUGGGGUCCAGGCAUAGAUUCUCGAAGGAGGUAGUAGCCUGUUGUAGUAUUGGUCCUUGUGGGAGUGAGGUGAUAUAGCUCCGGAUCUGUUUGUAUUUUAGGUGCAUCAGGAGGGUGUGUUCUGUGUCCCCCCUCAGGUCCUUGAGUGUCUUAAUGCCCUCUGUUGUGUGGAUGUGUCUAAGUCUGGGUAAUGGGUCCUGGAUUAGGUCUUUAAACGCUUUCGGGUCUAGUCCCAGUGGAAAGUCAGGGUUAUGGAUCAGUGGUAAUAGGGGGGUUGGGUAUGAGGUUAGGCCGUGUCUCCCUUUUGUGCAGUUCCACUUUCGUAAGGUCGCUCUCGUGUAGGGGGAUUGUUUCGUAUCGCCUUUCUGAGCCUCGGGUGGUAGCCUCAUGUUCCUCUGCCUGUUUCCACUGUUUGUGUUCCUGGUUUAGUCCAUUCCAUUAUCCGCAUGAAAUGGCAGGCCCUAUAGUAGAGGGUGAAAUCCGGCAAUGCCAGUCCGCCCCUGUCUUUUGGUUGUGUUAAUAAUGUGUGGCGUAGCCUGGGCUUUUUCCCGUUCCAGACGUAUUGUUAAUGUUGAGUAUGAAUGAUUUAGCAAGGUCAAUUUUUAGGUUGGAGAGUCUACCGAAAUCCUGAAAUGCUUUCAGUAUGUUGGGGAGGGAUAUUUCUGGGUUAGUUAUAUAAAACAGUAAGUCAUCGGCAUACGCCGUGAUUUUGUGGUGGAUCGUCCCUAUCUACAUCCCUGAAAUGUCUGGGUUGUUUCUAAAGGCCACUAGCAGGGGCUCUAGGGCAAGGACAAAGAGGUUCGGGGACAGGGGGCAUCCCUGGCGUGUGCCGUCUUGUAUGUCGAAUGGUUCCGACAAGGCGCCGUUUAUGACCACCUGAGCAGAGGGUUGCUUAUAUAAUGCUUCAAUCCACCCUCGAAUUCCCGGGCCCAGACCAAUGUGCGCUAGGGUCUGGAAUAGUCAAAGGCCUCCGCGUCCGUGGAUAGCAGGAGAAGGCCUCCCGGAGUACGCCUACCGCUGUGCAUCAGUGUGAGGCUGCGCAUGUUGUCUUCUCAUGCUUCUCGUCCCAGCACGAACCCCACCUGGUCAGGAUGCACCAGAAUGGGCACAUGUGCCUGUAGUCUAGUUGCCAAUAUUUUGGCUAGUAAUUUGAGGUCACAGUUUAUGAGCGAGAUUGGGCGAUAAUUUCCACACUGUUCCCCGUCUUUUCCUUCUUUGGGGAAUAUUGUAAUGUGCACUGCCUGUGAUUGCUUGGGGAAGUGGUGACCUCCUUUGAUGGCAUUUAAUGUUAUUAGUGGGGUGUAUAGGAUGUCUGCGUAUGCCUUAUAGUAGCAGAGCGGCAGGCCGUCCGGGCCCAGGCUUCUGCCUGGUUUUGUCUGUUUCACUGCUGCAGCUAAUUCCUCAUGUCUCCCUGUCCAGGAGCUCCAUGAUGUCUCUGUCUAGUGUGGGUGUCGAGUGCGAGCUCAGGUAAUCUUUUAUUGAGUCUGUUAGGUGUUUGUCCGCCCGGUGCGUCUGUGGCCUUCGGAGUGUAUAUAAAUUUGCGUAGUAUUCUCUGAUUACUUCCUGUAUCUUUAGGGGCAGUCUGUGUAGUGUGUUCGUGCUAUCCCUGAUGCGAUCAAUGUAUGUCUGUUGCCGGCGUUUGGCUAGCAUUCGUGCCAGUAACCUGCCGCUCUUGUUGCCGUGUAGUGCAAAGAAUGCUUUAUGUCGCAGCGCGUCCCUGUGGUACCUCGUAUGGAGCAGUUUAGUGAGAUCUCUGCGUAAUGUGAGCAGUUGUCUCUGCGUUUCCGGUGUCUAUCUCCUGUAUUUUCCUCAGAGUGUUGGUCAUGGCCGCCCCCCUUUGUGUAUGGCACUCUUUUGCAGGAAAUGGCCCCUGACCAUACUCUUGUGUGCCUCCCACAUGAUCGUUGGGGAUGUGUGGGCUGGUGUGUUCAUGGCAAAGUAUUCUCGGAGGAUUGUUCCGAUUUCUGUUUUUACCUCUGCUACAGAGAGUAAGUGUUCGUUAAGCCGCCACUUGGCCACUUUAGGUCUGUAUAGUGGGGACGCUAUGGUGAGUGUCACGGGGGCGUGGUCUGACCAUGUUGCUGUGCCCUGUUCUACCUGUAGGACAAGAGGGAGAUGAUAGUGUGUUAAGAAGUAGUAGUCAAUUCUGGUAUACGAAUUGUGGGGGUGGGAAAAGAACGUAUAGUCCCUCUCGUCUGGGUGGUGUGCUCUGCAGCUGUCCACUAGUUUAUGUUUGGAUAUGAGGUUUUUGAGUGCGGUCAAGUGUGGCGCUGGGAUGUGGGAGGUGCCUGUGGAUGUAUCCCAUUUCAGGUCUAGUGCUAGGUUAAGGGCUCCUCCCACCACCAGGAUACCCUACGCAAAUUCCCGCACCUUGCGGAGGAUUACCAAGAGGAAUCUGUGGUGUCUCUGAUUAGGGGCAUAGAUAUUGGCGAAAGUGUAAAUCUGCCCUGCUAUCGUUCCUUUUAUGAGUACAUAUCUGCCCUCCUGGUCUGUCUGUAAUCCCUGCUCUUGGAAAGGGAUUCCCUUAUGUAUUAGGAUCGCCGUUCCCUGUGCCUUGCCCCCUGGUAGUCGCUAUAGUAACCUGUGGGGUAUUGGUGAUUAUGCAGCUUUGAUCUCGCCCCUUCCUUAAAGUGUGUCUCUUGAAUGUAUACUAUAGAGGCUCUAGCAGCGUGGAAUUCUUUUAGGGCUGUCGAUCUCUUUUCGGGUUUGUUCAGUCCCCCUGCAUUUAUGAUGACUACCGUGAGGUUAGCAGGUAUCAGUGUCAUGUUUAGCAAAUCUCUGCUAGUCCUGGACCCGGGCUGCCACGAGUCAGAGGGGUAGGGGUUAGUUAUUCUCAGAAGUACUUCUGAAGGUUAUGUAGGGAUGUGGUCUGGGGUGCCCGCCGCCAAGGCGGCGUUAAGGUAUCAGCGUCUAGGUGGCCGUUUAGGACACCCUCGGGUCUUAGGUGUCACCCACCUAAAGUUGGCGCUUGUCCCUUGUGGGAGUGGAAGAAAGGACGAGGCCUCUAGUCGGGUCUAGUUGUAUGUGGUUACUUCCGGGUGUGUCGCCCUGCGAUUCCUUCCCCGAUUGUACCUUGUGCCUCUAACAGUGUCCCGCGUCUUUCCCUGUGAGGCUCUAUAUGUGGAUGUGUGUUUGGUGUGCGUCCUCACCUCGGACGUGUGAUGCAUCUUUACAUCGACUGAAACGUAACUGUUACAACAUUAUGUUUAACAUGAAACAGAACUUCAUCCAAAACAGAUUUUUACCUUUGCAUUAUACCUUGUUAGCCAUGUUGCCAACCCCUAGAGUGCUAUAUUGUAGUUAGAGAUGCAUCUGUAUGUGCAUUGACCUGCGUGUUGCUUGGCUCCCAGUUCCUCGCCCCCUAGGUUCCCUGUCCCGUGUGUAUGCUUGGAGUCCCUCCCCUCCUUCCUUCCCCCCUGUUCUCUUAUGAACGUGUUUUAUGCUUGACAGUCUCUCCAACAUCCCUACCACUGCACUCUGCCCAUGUGUUGUUGGUGUCUCUUCCCCUCCCCUACUUCCGUAUGAGCGUCUGCCAGUAGGCACUAUGUCGUAUGUGUGUUAGUUUCUGAGUAUCUUCUGAUAUGUUUGUCUCACAUCUUACGGUUACACAGUAGCUAUGCCCUUUCCUCUGCCCCCUUCUAGAUGUCUGAGCGAGGUGGACCCCCGCUCCCCAUCCUGUUCCUGGGUAGGUCAUCACUAGGCUAUUGUGGGGAGUGCGGUUGUCUGCGUCGGUCGUCUUCCAUCCUUAUGUCCCCCUCUCCAAUUGUUGCCAUGUUCAUUACAAUAAGCAUCAUCCUGUCAACUCUCCCAUCCCCUCCCGCCUCCCUCCAUUACUGUUACUUGAUGAGUAAUCGUCCUUUUAGUUGGGCUGUAGUUUGUUUAGUCUCUCUGACCUGUCGGUCAGCCGUGUACGGUACUUGCAUUUACUCUGGAGUUGAAGAAGUCUUUGUUUUCCUGGGACAGAAGCCAGGUGCUGAAUGGGUCCGUAGUUCUGGGGCCUCUGGUUUGCGUCUGCGGAUGGGUUGCUGGUCAGUUGAGAUGUAUCUUUGUUAUUCCUUUUCCUGGAGAGAACUGUCCCCUUGUAUUCCGCUGUGCCCAGAGGGUCCGAUCAGUAAUUCUGUGUGUUGUGCUGUGGUGCAUGGGUCAGGCGUCUGGCAGUGUCUGCGUCCAGUGUUGAGUUGGUUGGGCAGGGGGAGGGUCCCCAGUGGGCGAGGUAGGUGUCUCGUUAAGGCCUGGCUAGUCCUAUGUUAGUCCCUACCUCAUCUCAGAGGCCCCGUGGGCCGAUCGCUUGUUGGCGGGAGGUCCUUGGGAUCUGGGUGCCUGCAGUCUGGGUCUUCGGGCCCUGAAUGGGUGUAUAGAGGGCUAGAGGAUCCAGCCAUUGCAGUGGGGCCGGGGUGAUCUGCAGCUCCCUCCCGAGAGCAUCCAUGUCGGCCUCUUCCUUUACCAUGUAGGGGCCUCGUGGUGUGUGGACCUGCAGUCCGUUCGGGAAGCACCAUCGGUAUUUAAUUCUGUUCGCUUGCAGUUGUCUGGUGAAUGGGCGCAGGGCCCGGCGAUACGCCAGGGUCGUGGGAGAUAGAUCCGGGUACAGUUGGAUCUUAGUGGCUCCCAGUAGGGCCUUGCCCGCGUCUCUUGCUCUCCUCAGUGUCUCUUCCUUCAAUUGAAAAUUUGCAAAGCAACAUAUUGCAUCUCUGGGUUGACUUCCUGGGGGACCCUUUGGUCUGAGUGUCCGGUGUGUUCUCACCAAUUCCAUUGGUUCUUGCGGUGUGUGUGUGGCCCAGCAAUUUGUUGAAUACCUCCGUUAGGGUGGACUGUAGUGGAGUGGUGUCGUCCACCUCCUCUGGGAUCCCUCGGACCCUAAUAUUCUGUCUCCUCCCCUGGUUAUCUAGGUCCUCUAGGUGGUAUGCCAUCUGUUGGGCGUUACGCUGCAGGGUCCCUGUGUUGGCGGACUGCGCCGCUUGCAUGUGGUCGCUGUCCGCCUCGAGCUGGGAGACCCUCUGGCUUAGGCCGCAGAGUUCCUCCCGCAUUGGCCUGUAUUUCUUCAGUGAUGGAGGCUGUUAUUAGCUUCCAUCAGGUCCACUUUAGUAGGCAGGCUGCGGAGGAUGUGCAUUAGUUCCGGGUGUGUUUCAGCGGGGUAGAGUGUAGGUGUCUUGGCUAGUGCUUCCUCGCCACAUAGGGAGGGCGAGAUCACCCUGCCCGAGGCCGUUGAGUCGUUGGAGGCCUGUGCAUCCCGGUCCGCCGGGGUCGUCAGGAAUCGCCGCAUGGAUGGAUUUGUGUUCCCACUUGGGGUGUCCGUGGGCUUCGAAGUGUGUGAUGCUCUUUGUGACUUGCCCAUUUUCUGGCCAAUUAGGUGCUUUAGGCGAGGUUGUACUUAGAGCCUUGCAGGGAGCUCAGGCUUCACGCCGCCAUCUUCCUCGGCUUCCAAGCCACGCCUCCUCUAGGCAGGUUGUUUUAAUGUUGUGGCUCAUCAGUGCUCACCUAAUUAAUCUUUCUGCAUAUGUCCACAAUAGGUGACCCUAAAGUUCCAGUAUUGUACCAAGUGGAAAGGACUCGUGAUGGCCGCAGUUUCAGUGUGCGUUCUGUGAAGGCUGUUCAACAUGGUGUGCCAAUCCUGACAUGCCAGGCUUCAUUCCACCGUUCCCAGGAGAGUCCACUCACGCAUCAGUUCACAAUGCCCACGGUGCCCCCACCAGAGGAACUGCUUACUAGAGAGCAGCUAAUACAAAAGUACUUACGGUAAUUACAGUUAAUUACAGCAACUUAUUUUGAGAGAAGAAUUGCGAUUCCUGGAUAAGUAUGGUAUAGCCAGUGGAAAUUCUAGAAGGAACAGAACUGCUAUUUUAAAUUUGUUGUGCAGAUAUUUUUUUUAUAAAAUGAAGCAUACUUGUGUGACCUGACCUGGUUGUGAUGUCCUCUGCCUAUCCUCUAAUAGGGAUCCCUCUCUGGUGGAAAAGCACAGAAUGGGCUUAAACAAGAUCCUGGCACAAGAGGUUCCAAUCCUGAUUAAACCUAUUAACCCUCCAGAUAUGUUCCAUCGUUUACCACAGGAACCACGCCAAAUGUUCUGGGUACGAGCUAAGGGAUUGAUUGGUAAGUUGAGAAUUUAAAACUCUGGUUACAGCAUUUGAAAAAAGUAUAACAGCCUAGAGUAGUUUUACCUUUGCCAAUAUCAGAUGUUCCAGGGUCACUAUUCCAACUGGACCUGGGAGUGGGUGGGGAGGCGUGCAAAACUGUUAAAAGGGACACUAUAGUCACCAGAACAAUUACAGCUUAUUGCAUUUGUUCUGGUAAGUAGAAUCAUUCUGUUCAGGUUUUUGCUGUAAACACUUUCUUUUCAGAGACAUUACAGCCUAGUGAUAACUCCACUGGCCAUUCAUUUAGAUUGCUGUUAGAGGUGCUUACUGGGGCAGUGCUGCACAGUGAGCAGCACUGUCAUUCAGUGUGUCCACCCUCAGCAUGCAGACACUGAACUUUCCUCAUAGAGAUGCAUUGAUUCAAAUUAUCUCUGAGGAGAUGCUGAUUGGCCAGGGCUGUGUUUGACUUGUGCUGGCUCUGCCCUUGAUCUGCCUCCUUGACAGUCUCAGACAAUCCUAUGGAGAAGCAUUGGAACUGACUCGGACCACCACUUCUGAUGAUGGUAGCUGGCAGGUCAGAGGCAGACAGGGGCAGAGCCAGCAGCUGCAGAUUUGAAUACAAGUAAGAUUUGACUAUAUUUAGGGAGGCAAGGUGGGGCUAGAUGGUGUUUUUACACUAUAGGGUCAGAAAUACAUGUUUGUGUUCCUGACCCUAUAGUGUUCCUUAAAUAUACUCCAAAUUCGGUAAUAUAUAAAAUGAGAAAUAAUCAGAGGAAGCAUGUGGUCUCCUGCAGUUGCAAACAACAUUAAGUGCUCCCUUGCGAUCCUGCAGCUCAGAUAAUUAUUCAGAGCACCGCUGUUGAGUUAUCAUAACAAUGCUAUAAAUCAUUUAAUGAGGACUGGAUUGGAAGAGCAUUUACCAGAGAUGCAGACCACAUGUUUCUCAACUAGACCACCAACAAACUGUCAUCAGCACCACAGGGAACUAUUCUCUAUCUUUGCUGGAAGUGGCUGAAAAAAAAACAAAUCCAAAACUGUAUAAUUAUAAUACACACAACACACUCUGCCAUCCCACAAGACACAGCCACUUUUGCUGUGGGGAUCUGUGAAACCCAUGUACUCUGUGGAUUUUAUUGUGUUACAGUGAUGCUCUCUGCACAGUACUGCGAGUUGCAUUGCUAAGGAGCUCUGUGAUACAUUCAUACACAACAUUCACAUACUGCAUAUUACUGUGGAGUUGUUUUAUUAUGGAGGUCUGCGACUCUGCAAAUAACUAGUGUCACAGGGCUCUAUAGCAGUAACAUGCACAAACUCUAUAUUAUUCUGAAUUGUAUUGCUGUGGAGUUCUGUGAUACAUUCAUACAUUAUACAUUAUUGUGAGUUGUAUUGCUGAGGGUGGGGUGCAAGGAGAAAGGGGCCCUUUUUCAUUUCCUGCAACAGGGCAAUGCAAUUUCUUACUAACCACACUGAAUUUAAUUUCAACUACUCCUGAGAAUACAGCACCAGUCCACGCACCUUCCCUCCACCUCACUGAUAUCCAGUGAAACAAUAUCCCUGUGUGGCAGUGUACACCCGCAGAUGCUGUUGAGUCAUCUUAGUGGAAAUUUCUGCAGACUGUAUUGGUGUAAAUAUUCACAUGACACAGACAACAUCUAAUGAAAAUAUGAUGGACUACAUACACGCACAUGUUAGAAUACUCAAGCACAUGUGCAGUGCACCUCCUAUUCAUCUAUGUGGGAACAAGAGGAUAGGCUGGAAGCUCUGAGCUUUAUAUGAAGCGCCCUGAUAGGCUUUUCAAAAUUGGUGGUCGCAAUGGAUUUACUGUACAAGACAGGCAAAGUGAAUGGAGAACUGCUUGUACAUCAAAAAUUAGACUGACACUAUAGUCACCUAAACAACUUUAGCGUAAUGAAGCAGUUUUAGUGUAUAGAUCAUGCCUCUCAGGUUUCACAGCUCAAUUCAAUGCCUUUUAGGAGUUAAAUCACAUUGUUUCUGUUUAUGCAGUCCUUGUCACACCUCCCCUGGCUCUGACUGACAAAGCCUGCCUAAACAAAAAUGGUUUCACUUUCAAUCAGAUGUAAUUUACCUUAAAUAUUUUUAUCUCUUGCUCUCUAAAUUGAACUUUAAUAACAUACAAGAUGCUCUUGCAGGAUCUAGCAAGCUAUUAACAUAGCAGGGGAUAAGAGAAUCUAAAUUAAACAGAACUUGCAAUAAAGGAAGGAUAAACAUUAGAUGACUCUUUACAUGAAGUGUUUAUGAAGGCUGUGUAAGUCUCAUGCAGGAAGGUGUGACUAGGUUUCAUAAACAAAGGGAUUUAACUCCUAAAUGGCAGAGAAAUGAGCAGUGGGACUCCAGGGGCAUGAUCUAUACACCAAAACGUUUUCAUUAAGCCAGGGGUGGGCAAUCUGCGGCCCUCCAGAUGUUUUGGGCUACAUCUCCCUUAAUACUUUGCUAGUAUUAUGGCCCUAAGAGCAUUAUGGGAGAUAUAGUCCAAAACAUCUGGAGGGUCGUAGAUUGCCCACCCCUGCAUUAAGCUAAAGUUGUUUUGGUGACUAUAGUGUCCCUUUAAACUUUUUGUUCCCCUAGUCAGACACUCUCCAGUUUUCUGAGCACAUGAUUCAACGGAAAUGUUAUUUCCUCCCAUAAAUGAGCAACAUUAAUUUGCACAUGUGCAGUACAUCAGUGAAUGUGUGCCAUGCAGAGUGCUGGGGGUGUAGGCGCUGCAUGGGUCCUGUAGUUAGUGUGCAUCGGUAUGCAGACACUCCUAGAAGCAGGAACAGAUUAAGGGGAUGGAUUAUUACACACUUUUCUAUAAAGAUCAUACUCCUCUCCCCAUUUAAAUAGAUUACAGUUGCGCAGAAACUGUCAUAACAAUGUUUAGUACAUUUGGAAAAUUAUUUAUUUACAGUGUCCCUUUAACAAGUCCAGGUUAAGUGCUAUGUAUGGUUUUAUUCUUCCUUACAGAAAAUAUAUUCUACUCCUAUAGUUAAAAUAUAUAUAUAGUUUUCUUAGUAAACAAUAUAACUAUAUACUGGUAACGGUAAUGAUCCCUUUCUUUUCCUUCCAAUCCUUCGUGUUUUCAGGCCCAGGUGACAUGAGGUUGCACUGCUGUGUAGCUGCCUAUAUUUCGGACUAUUCCUUCCUGGGUACCGCUCUGCUUCCUCACCUGAAGCUCCGCAUGCGUUUUAUGGCAUCACUUGAUCAUUCCAUGUGGUUUCAUGCGCCAUUCAGGGCUGACGAAUGGAUGCUCUAUGAGUGUGAAAGCCACUGGGCUGGUAAGUGGAGAGCAUGAUGGGAGGGAAGUUCACUUUAUAAACGGUGAGAUCCAGAAUGUGAUUAUUUUCAAAAGGUCAUUAUAGAUCCUGUGAAAGGAUGGAGAGAAAGGCAAGUAUAGGCAAGCACUUCUGGUGGAGUGGAUUCUCACAUGUCUAAACUAUGAUACUGUUGUAUGGAAAAUAGUAGUUUUUCUUUUUAAAUCCGUGUCACCAAUAAAGAAUUGUUUCCUGCUGCACAGGGAACUGCCGUGGGCUGGUACAUGGUCGUUUAUGGCGAAGGGAUGGUGUUCUGGCUGUGACAUGUGCACAGGAAGGUGUGUUCCGUGUGAGGCAAAAUGAACCCAGCAGCAAGUUGUGAUCGGAAGUGGCAUUAAUCUACCAACAAAAUCUCAGCAACCAGAAUCAUUAAAUUAUUACUUCAGAUCUGAAAUUCCAUCAUUACCUAAAUAAGCCCUGUGGAAUGUGUUCUCCAAGAGCCAAUACCUCUAUUUGUAAAUAAUUAGAAUAUUAACUAAUUAAUAAAUUUUAUUUUCAGUUGAUCAGGUGAUGCAGACAUUUUGUUUUUCUCUUGAGUUUGUCAAUAUCACUACAUCAAGAAAGAGGUUACAAACCUAAAAAGUGCACUAUAAAGGACUUUCCUUGGAUUCAUGACUUGGUUGAGCAACCAGAACCGGUUGACUUAUAAACUGGGUAUCCCAAAAAAACAUCCUUGUUCUCACAACCCCAGGUUUGUUGUAGCACCAUUGUAUUUAUUUUUUUCCCUUUAAAGAAAAUCCAAAGAAGAUAGCUGGCAGAAGAUCUCCCCAAAAUGGUAGAGUAUUGCAUUCCAGAAAUCCCUCAUAUUCCCUUAAACACUCAGAUUUACAGUCUCUCGAACGAGAACUUCUUUCAGACUGGGAACAUUUUGUGUAGUAUGCCCAGCCUCUUGUAACUUUUGUAAGGCAGCCUCUGAAUCUCUCUUGUCUUUUCCAGCUCUCCAUGACAGCUGAAUAUGAGCAUUUAGAAAAGGCAUUAGCCAAGGGCAGUUAGGGUCCAUUACCUCCUUCAAAAGUCCUACUGCUUGUUCACUGUACAUUUGCGCUUCUACUAAAGUGUCCAUCUCUUGGUGACAAACUACCAGUCCUGCCAACACAAGCAGCCGGUGAGUACUGGGCUCUAGUGGACAAAGCUUGUCUUGAAGGCGCCAAAUAUUUGUCCAAAGUGGAAGUGCUAUAUUAUACAGUCCUGUGCGAGUGAGUUGUUGAGCUUUCUGGGUUUCUUUCAAAUAAAAGAACCCCACGAAAUGAGGGGACCAGCGCAGAGAAGGCAUUGAUGACACAUGGCACAAGAACUGUUCAAAGGCACGACUGCGUUUGGCAAUGGUUUCUGAUGUAAAGUUCCUGUGCAGACGCUUACGUGGAAAAGACACUUCACUCAUUUCAUCUGGGUAGAGAGUGCGCAGGCGACGUUUUAACCGUUCCAGAUCAGAGUAGCGGCAAGAGAUAUAGGCAGGAGAAGGGUCGAAUUUUCCAGAUUGUAGAACAAAGAUGGUGUACACCUAGAAAGAGAAAAGCACCGAUUUUUAGUACGGGGAAUAGUUUUUACAUUUUCAAAGGAAAUUUUAGGAAACUGAGGUAUUCCUACCUAGGUGUUAGAUUGGUAAACCGGCGGUUCUCAACCCCCGACUCAGGGCACAUAACUGGGAUGCUUGUCAUUUUAGUGGGUAUACAGGUUAUUUAUAUUCCAUACUCCUGUGCUAGCAGAAUAAAAAGCAAUUCUACACAGCAAUAGAUUUAUUUUUCAUUCACUGUGUCAACCAG